AUGGGGCAUGCCCAUUUCUACCAGCGACUCUUCCAGCUCGAUGUGGGCCGCGCCGGCGAGGUCGAGCGGACCGGCAAGGUCGCGAGGGCCAUCGCGGAGGCCGGCAAGAGCUGGGUCGAGCCGGAGGACAUCCAGGUGCAACAGUUCUUCGACACUCUGCACGAGGGAUACGUCAACGCCGAUGCCGAGCGGCAGCUCGUCCAGGACACCUCCCAGGCGGAACUGGACUACAUCGCCCCCAGGGCGAUGGAGGCGCAGCUUGCCGAGGAGGCCAGCAGCACUGGUGGUGUGGAGGACAAGGAUGCGGCCGACGAGGAGACCGGGGUUGUUGACCCUCCGGUCACGGGGAGAGGGCGAGUCCUGCGGCGGGCCACUUCUGGUGAGACGGUGCGGCCCGUCAAGGUAGCGCGGCGGCCAAAGUCCCCGGAGGAGUCCGCGCGUCAGACGAGGGCCGCGACGGCGAAGAAGGUGGUGAAGGCCGCGGUGGCGAAGAAGAAGGCAUCUGCUUCCUCUUCCCCCAAGCGCGCACAGACUCCGCCCUCCUCCCCUCCUCCGGCAGACACCGACGUGGGGGUCACUUUCGACUUCGGGGACGCGGAGACGCUGGCCCAGAGGGUGAAGAGGGCCAAGGCCUCGGCGGACGGCCGGCCCCCGGCUGAUCGUUCCUCGGCGGACCAGGAGGACAUAGACGCCAUCAUCAAGGACGUCGCCAAGGACGCUGCGGCAGAAGCCGAGAAGGUCGCUACCGAGGAGUCCACCAAGGGUGCUGCGGAGGACACCGCCAAGGGGUCUGUCAGGGAGUCCGGCAAGGCUACUGCCGAGGAGGCCGGCAAGGGGCCUGCCGGAGAAUCCGACAAGGCUGCCGCCGAGGAGGAGGCCAAGUGCAGGAUGGCAGCAGUGGACAAGGCGGAGGAGUACCUCAAGGUGCGUGUCGCCGAAGCGCAGACUUGGUUCCACCAAGCUAGCGAAGAUCUGAAGGCUGCCCAAGGCGAGUUGGCCAAGCACGACGUGGAGCUCACCAUGAAGCUGGCCGACAUCGAGAAGACCCAGGAGACAGUGGAGGGCUUGGCCGCUGCAGCCGAAGCCGCCCGGACCCAGCACCAGGCCGCGCUGAACUCCCAAGAGGAGGAUAUCGCCAAACGCGAGGCAGGUCUUGACGCCAAACUCCGCGCCAAGGAUGAGGAGGUGGAGAAGCUUGUCGUGCAGCGGACCCGAGAGCUGGAGCAGGGGCACCGGGAGGCGCUCGAUGCCCAGGACCUCAAGCUGAAGCUAGAGGGCCUUGAGGGGAUGCUCAUGGAGACCAAAGCCAGGGAAGGGACCAUGGCCAAGGAGAUGGAGACCGAGAAGCAGCUGCGGAAGAACGAGGCCGCCGAGCACAAGGAUUCCGUGGAGGGCGUGAACCGCUGGAUCGGCCGUCUCGAGGAUGUCGCCGGCAGGAUCACCGCACAGCUAGCCGCUAUGGGGAUGCCAAAUGUGAGCUGA